AUGGGGGCCCGAGUGACCCGUUUUAUGAAAAGACCACUCGAAACACAGCGGAAAGUGGAGAAAAUUCUGGAAAAUAAACCCAGACCAGCGCCACGUUACCCGAGCUCCAAGGCUGCGUUAGCUAAAGAACAAAAAAGUGAGUAUUCUAAGCAAAUAUCAGCUUUUAAUUAUCUCUGCUAGAGAAAUGCCACUUCGAUGAGGUGAAGCUGGUUAUGUAAGAUCAAAUUUUAACGAAAUUAUCAUUGAUCAAUGAACGUUUAAAUGUGAUAGAGAAAAGCUAAACGUCUUCUUGGCUAACGUCAGGAUAGCUCAGUCAUUAGUCAUUACUGCAAGAUGCAUGCAUUGGUUUAAUAGGGAAGUUGUUAUAGGGUACCAAAGAAAUAGUGUUUAGAUUACACCAAGUAGGGCCCUUUUAGGUUGGGGGGUGGGGGACAGGGGAGAGUUGUAUAUCCCUAGUCCUUGUCCCUGUUGGUACAUUAUGCACCUAUCAAUGUAAAGCUGGCGAGGGCGGGGGAGACCCAGUCUGCAGAGUAAGGCAGGUGCACGUGUGAGUUUUUUAACAAAAUGUAAGUAGGGCCUAAAAACAGCCUUGCACAUGCGAGAUCUCGUUGAUUUCUGCCAUACUCUGCAGACGGGAAGGGGAGGGAAUGGGGGAGGAGGGAACGGUUGGGGAUUUGAUUGCCUUUAGAAUGAUUAUGGUCUCCCAGGGGAGGGGAUAUUUCAAUCUUUCUGCGCCUAAUGUGCACUGGGAUUAAUUGAAUGCUUCAAGAUUUAACAAAUCAACCACAAUUUUCCAUGGUCUACACUCUUGUAGACCAUAGAAAUGAUGCCAUAAAAUGUCAUAAAACUCAAGUGAAACCACUCGCCUGUGGCUCGUUGUUUCACUGCAAAGUUUUGAACAUUUUAUGGUGUCAUUUCUAUGGUCUAUAAGAGUGUAGACCAUGGAAAAUUGUGGUCGAUUUGUUUUUUACAAUAACAUUUAUAUUUCUGAAAAACCAAAAACAAAACAACAGGCACACUGCCUGACAUGUUACAUCAUUUCCAUGGUCUAUACUCUCAUAGACCAUAGUUCUCAACCAAUCAGUGCAUAAGGAUUUGCUCAGUUAUUUUAAAAAUUGCUGUAUCAAGGUAACUGGAAGCUCUAUUUUUAAAAUCGAAAACCCCAUCAGGUAGAAAAAGUGCAGUGAGGUUUAAUAUUCUUGAGGCCUUUAACCCAAGGGAGCAAAAAUCUUACUGAUUUUAAAUUUUCCUGAACAUUUUUAUAGAUAAUGCAGAAGUAAGUGACCCAGUCAGUAAUCAAGACUUAAAAAUAAAUUUCAUUUGGUGCUGUUCUUAAAAGGACGUAACAUUGCAUUGUUAUAAUAAUCUUAUCCAUGGGACAGGGCCAUAAGUUUAAGUUUUAAAAUGACUGCAAUGCUUCACAGGACUAAAAUGUUUUCAUACUGUUGUCACAUUUCAAUAAAAGAUGUCAGUUAUGCCUUUACCCUUUACUAGAAACCAGAACAUAGGUAAAACUUAAGUCAAAGGCAGCCAUGUGCGGCCCAAGGUGGGGAAAUUUUUGUGCAUUUGACUAGAAUGAUUUGCUCAUGGGCAGGGAAUUUGAUGGAAAUUUUUGAAAAAUGUCAAAUCCACACCCCAUGCCCCGCCUAACACCCCCAUUACAUGGAUAAGUGCAUUGGUGUUGUAUUUGUGCCUGUCCUUGCCACAGACACCACUUAAUCAUUAUUAAGUCAUAAUUUCAAGGUCCUGUUUUUGGUCAGAUUUCACUCAAACAGGACCUCGGAAGAGGUGUCAGUUCGAAGCUUGCAGGAGAUCUAAACAUGUCACAGUAAGAUAAAAAGGUGAAAAAGGAUUUUCAGCGGUUCAUGUCCACAACUUGCAUUCAUCAGCAGUAGUUGAACUUGGUAGUUGAUUUUCAGUUCAGAAGUUUGUUUGUAACUCAUCUUUUUGGUGAUCAAACCUUGAUAGUAAGUUGCACCAUAACAGUAUUGUCAAUAAUUCAUCUUUGAACUGCGGUUGUAGAUGAAAGUGAAGAAUGAUCAUCGCAGUAAAUUUUUCCAAUUUAAGCAAUUGGAAAUUAUUUCAUAUACUUCACUUCAUUUCACUCCUCACGGGAGAUAUGAACUCAAUAAAUUGACCUUGCUCCCAAUGUGUGGCUUCAUAGCUCAGUUGGUAGAGCAACGCACCGGCAACGCGGAGGUCACGGGUUCGAAUCCCGUUGAAGCCCUGAUUUUUUUCAGGCUUCUUCUUUCCAAUUGCUUAAAUUGGAAAAUUUACUGCGAUAAUCAUUCUUCACUUUCAUCUUUUCAGUAUUGUCAAUGUUCAAAAACAUUUUUAGGUUAAAUGUUUAUAUUUUCAUCCCUUGAUAUUUUUUUGAGGGGCAAGGAUUGAAUGAUAGGGUCUUGUUAAGUGGUACUAACUAUUGAGCUUGGGAAUGAAAUCCUGCAAUGUUACCAUUCAAUAAAACCUCUAGUACUUUUACCCAGUACAAUGUUUAUUUCAAUAUUUUCCAAAAUAAGAUUUGGAGUUUUUGUUGAAUUUUGAAUUUGGCCUGUUUUAGGACGGAAAGGGAUACAAGAAUAAUUAAUGCAGUGUUUUAGUAGCCCGUGUGGCAGCCAAAACUAAACCUCUGGUUAAGUCUGUCUGCAAAGCAGUGUUGAAAUCCUUGUUCUGCGCCCCCACUUGUGUACCAGGAUUUGAGUACGUGCCAUGAUAAGCCUGCUAAAAAGGCCAUUAUUUGAUUGACCAAUCAGUGUGAUGGGAAAUUCGAAAGGCAAUUCUUUUUAAUAUGUUGAGUUCACUAGGGGUCCAGGACAAGGAUCUCUGUGCUGCUUUGCGGACAUUGCUAGCCAUUAUAUCUGCUAUGCAGGCUGUGUUUUAGUGGUGAAACUACUGGGAUUACAGUAUGGCGUCCAUUCCGGGGUAGGCGGGGCACUCCCUUAUUUGGCCUAAACAGGUGUGCACCACUGAAAAGGAGAUGGUUUUCAGGGUCUCAAGUCUAGAGCAAGGUACAUGUGUACAAUUUCACUAUUUAGCAUCAUGAACAGGGUGUGAUCUGAAGUCUUAAAAAGAAAUGAGUGGUCCACAUAUGUGGUUCCUUCAAUUUUUUCUAAAAAAAAGCUACUUUUCAUGAUGUUAGCUAAAAAACUUACUUAAUUGUGUAUGUAGAAUGAAAAAGAAAAUCAUGGUCAUGAAAUGAGGUCUCUUUUCUUGAACAAGGUAGUGAAAUGAAUAGUUUUUUUUCUUAAACAGGGUCAGGGUUUGAAGGCCUCGGCUGCACAUUAAUGCCCAAACGUUCCUGAUCAUUAUAAAAUUAUGUUGCUGGGAAACUGUCCACCUGCCCCACCCCUAAGCUAACAUUUUGCCCUUAGUGAGAAGUAAGCGUUAAUGGUUGCAUAGGGGAGGGGAAGGUGGGCAGUUUCCCGGUAACGUAUAAUGAUCCAACUUGCCUUGAGUGCCUCCCCCUCCCCCAGAUGUGUAUUAUAAGUGGUGUCUGUAAGACAGUGAAGGUUUCACUGUGGUCAUUCCAUCCUCUCUUGGUUAUCAGGUAAUGAAGAACUGUUUAAAGAACGGGACCAAAAAGAUGAUGAAUUUUUAGAUAGGCUCAAAGAAUUCAAGAUAGAUUCCACAGACCCACAAAGCGAAAAGGUAAGAAAACCAAACAAUGAAGGCUGGUUAACAUCCUCUGAUGUUUUAUUCCAAUCCAUUCAAUGGCCAGUGGAAACAUCAAAAUUUGGUUUGGUUCCUGUGGGCAAUUUCUGCCAGGGAAGGGGGGGGGGUGGUGAUUCUAGGGGCAGAGGGGAAAAGAUGGAGGGGAGAUUGCCUGAUCACAAACAAAUUUGCAGGAAAUUUACUUUCACGUGCUUUUCAAUGUUUGGUUACGUUCAGUUCUUGUUUUCACUCUGCGCUUUCUCUUGCCCUUUCUCUCUCUUCCUUAUGGCUUCAUAUUUGACAGAGUUACUCAUGUUAAGCUGAAGGUUAGGCCGAGGAGACACUUUGUGAUGUCUAUCAUAAAGUCACUGAAUACGACCGCCCCGUCAUAACAAGACCACUUUUUUGUGAUGCGAACAAAAGCCCACACAUUGUAUCAUUGAAAACCCUGUUAUUCCAACCAUCGUCCACCAUAAAGAAAUUAAGAGUCCUCAGUACUUAUUUUCUUUAUAAAAUUACCUCGUUAAUGCGACCGGUUAUAUUGCCAGCCUGGGGCCGGAAGAAGCUCUAUGAAGACAGGCAAUAGGGAGUUUAAGAUGCCAUUACGGCGACGGCAACGAGAACGUCAGAAAGCAAUUGGUUAUGAUUAGCAAAACAACAACUCUGCACCUGCAUCACGCUUUUUUGUAUAUUUCUAUGUGAUGUUCAUAUGGUUUAUAAACCUCCUGCAUGCGUUUUUGACGUUUGCUUCUCGUUCCUGUUAUCUGCCUGGUUUAGCAUAAACCUCCAAUGUAUGUAGUUGAUUUUGAACACACCACCCCGUUUGCAUCCGUGCUCAACUGUUAUUUCUCAUCCAUUGGCAGAAGUCUUGCAAAUAAAAUAUCAGCUGCUGCUAUGUUCCCAGUCCCGGCCACCUACAGUCUAGCUUGACGAAGUUGAUGAGAAAACAGUACUCAAGCAUCUGCUUUCUCUAAAGACAAAUAAAGCUAUUGGCUUGGUGCGAAGUGACUUUGUAUGCUGAUGACACGGUCCUGUACUACUUUGCUAAAGAGCCACACCUGUUAGAAGAGGCACUGAAUGAUGAUCUCUUGAAAGUUGCCCAGUGGUUACAUGGAAAUAAGUUAACUUUAAAUCUUACUAAGACGAAAUCCAUGAAAAGGAAACUUGUUGGUAUUUCCUCUUUCACGUUAUCUAUUUUUUGACACCGAUAUAAAUUCUGUAAGUAGUUUUAAAUAUUUGGGAGUUAUGUUGUCUUCAACUUUCACAUGGGACCAAACGUUUUUUACUUAUGAUGCCCGGUUACUUUUUUAUAAUAGGGCCAUUUUUAAACGAGGAAAAAUAAGACGCGUAUUAGAUAGAUCACUCCUCACGACGCGUCUUAAAUAAUACGCGCAAUAGGGAUAUUAUCAUACUCCCCAAAAUUAAAAUAAGGGAAAACAACGUUCGCGGUACCACUGUUUCGAACUGUACCACUUGUAGUGUGUGUAUUUUGAUUUUUUUCUAGCAUGUCUUAUCUAAUAAGACGCGUCUUAGCUAAGCCGCGUCUUAUUUUAGACUUAAUGUGCCGUUUAUACGGAAAGUUCGCGUCUUAUUUUUCCUCGUAUAAAUGGCCCUAUUAUCUACAAUUUGAUUUUUCAUGUGCAUGUUUCAAAUUCUUUCACUUCACUUGACAGGGCACCCAGUAUUGGUCUAUGUAUCCCUUUUGGGCAUUCAUCCUAUCCUUUUUUUAACUUUUCUGUUUUUUUUUUCACCACAUACUAUGUAUAUUUUAUUAAGUUUCAUCUUACCCAAUUAAGUAUGGAUUAAAAAAAUAGAAAGGGGCGAUAAAGGCUCACUUUUCCUCGCCUUGUUGGCUUCCGUGCUGCCAAAAUUUUCCCCGAACUCGCAAGAGUAAGCCUGCUCGCAGGUUAGCAUAGAUAGAGGGGUCUGUCAUCUUGAAUUAAACACUUCACCUAAUACCUUUUUCAGCGAAUGCCAACAGGCGAAGAAUCUGAAAGAAAAUUACCCCGGUCACGUGAGCCAAGAUACCCCAGGGAAAUUGGGGAACCACCCAAGGGGAAAAUAACUCCGGUGAAAUUAUCAGAACUUUUCGCAAGAAGGCUUCAGGACCCAGAUACAUGGACAGAGGAAAAACUCGCCGAACAUUAUCAGCUGGAUAAAGAGGCACUGAGUGCCGUUUUAAAAUAUUUUAGUGAUUAUGCUGUUGUCAAGAAGAAAGACUUCCCAAGACCGCAAGACGAUGUACCAUUUCUCGGAUGACGAAGUUGUAGCAAAUAGGGCUUGCUGAUGAAUUGCGUGGAUGGAAUUAUGUUCAGUGCAUUGUGCAGCAUUUCGUUUAUUUCGUAGAUCUCCU